GGUGUGCUCCCGGCACUAGGGGGCAGCAGCCCCUCACCCUGAGGCGAGUCAGGAGGCCCCGAGGGCUGAGGUUGAGGCCUCUGUCCCCUUCCGCCUGCAGUGGGGUGUGCACUCCACAAACCCGAGCCCCUCCGGGCUCUGCAGUGGGUGGCACUGAUGCUGCCGCGAGCACCUCUGGGCGUUCUGCUGGGUCUCGUGUCAUUUUUGAAAUCCAGUUCAAACUGCCCGCUGCGGUGGCCUCGUCAGAUGAGGACCAAGACUCCGAGGAGGCCCAGGUGCUCAGACAAGGGCCCCUUGGGGCGUGCGCAUGCGUGGCUCUGCCCGGGCUAUUGCCUUGCAGGGCUGGACAAGCCCAGACUGCUUCCUCUUCUGCAGGUCGUGCAGGUGGGACCUGUGAUCACACAGGCUCACCUGCCGGCCCAGGUGGCCAGGGGUAGUGUCAUAAAGCACGGAGACCGAGCAGAGGAGCCUGCUGCUCGGAGCAGGACUCUGUCCCUGCCCGGGGCUGCGGCUCCAGGCUCCAGGUGGCGAUGCAUCCAGCAGCACCUGCCGUUGGUGAGAGGGACCAGUUAAGUGCGUCCUGGGGGCUGGGUGGGGGCUCUGGGCCCACGUGGGUCCUGGCUGCUGACGUGAAGCGCCUGUGGGAAGCUGUGUGCAGGCCGGCCGGCUCGCGGAGGGUCGCACAGGACCUGCGGUUCUUCAGUCUCCUGAACUUGGAAUACGCGACGUCAGAAUUGAAGUCGAGGGAGGACUUGGGGUUCGUGUGGGGUGUGAGCCCAGGGGCCUGACCCGGGGGUGGCAGCAGCCUCCCUGGGAGCCCUGCCCACACUGCUGCCCUGGCCAGGGCCCGUCUUCUCUGCCCGACUCCCCGAAGUCUGCGGCCCUCUUGCCUCUUUAUGCCGGUCCCUUUGGGGGAAGUCAUGAUCCACUGAACUUUGACCUCUGUUCUGUGGACACCACAACCUGUCACCUCAGCAUCCUGGAAUGUGGGGUGAGCCCUCCCGGCCCAGUCGCAGGCCGGGGUCUCCAGGGCACAGACCCACCUGUGUCAGCCUCAACGUCAGGGCAGCAUUGGGUGGCCCCACCUGGCAGGACACAGUACCUCUGGUGCUUUGUGGGGACCCCCAGAGCCCAGCUGGGACAGCCCCAUGGACAACCCCACUGGGAGGGGCCUCUAUGUAGAGUGGAGUCUACAGAGGUGGCGUGGGCUGGAUUCCCAGGUGACCCCUCCCCAGGGAGGCCUCCAGGGCCCAGGGGAGCAGGGCUGGGGCCUGGCUGGAUUCACAGGUGCUGCAGGAACCUUCUGCUACCUGGGAAGUUGGGGUACCCCCACCUUCCGACACCCCUCCCUCCAGACAGUCUUUCCCAAGUCACUUUCCACAACAAGGCCCAGCCUUGCCAGAACAGCCCAGAUUGGCCCAGUCACCCCCUUCUGCGUGAACUCGUCCACCUUUGUGAAGCCUGUCUGUGUGCUUGGGCCCCCAGGGAACCUGGGUAGUCAGUUGCUGGGACACUGAGGAGCCGCAGGGCAGGAAGGACGAGAAGGAGGGGCAGGGCACCCUCCCCCAAGGUGCUGAGGGCCCCGCCCCCAGUGCGGUCUGUAGUAGUCAGGGUGGGGCGGGACGGGGAAGUGCCUUAAAGCCCAGGACCCACAGGCUGCUGAAGGCAGAGCCACACUCACCCGCCCUCAGACCCUGGGCCCCCGGGUCCCCGUCUGUGCCCUUGGACCCUGAACACCGAACCCCUGGCUCCCCAUCCUCAUUCCCCAGCCCCCAGAUCUUUGUCCCCCAGGAACCCAGACCCCCAUUUCUACCGGUGCCCCACCCCUCCCUGUCCCCAGAUCCCCCUCCUGGGACCCCAAGCCCCCAGAACCCCAGAUUCCAAGUCCCAGACCCCCAUCCAUGCUCCCGGCUCCCCAGCUCCCGGCCCUCACCCGGGCCAUGGGCCGCCUCAGGCUGUGGCUGCUUGGAACACUGUGGCUGCAGGUGGUCGCCCCCAGCACCCCCCUGUCCCAUGUGGAACAGUAUGAGGUGGUGUGGCCCCAGCGCCUGCUGGGGUCCCGGACCCGCCGAGCACUGCCCUCUGGCUUGGGCCUGUACCCAGAGAGUGUGAGUUAUGUCCUUGGGACCCGGGGGUACAACGUCACCCUGCACUUGCGGAAGAACAGGGACCUGGUGGCCUCGAACUACAGGGAGACCUACACAGCUGCCAACGGCUCGCAGGUGACCGAGCCACUGCAGGGGCAGGACCACUGCUUCUACCAGGGCCACGUGGAGGGGCAGCCACACUCCGCUGCCAGCUUCAGCACCUGUGACGGCCUCAGGGGCUUUUUCAGGGUGGGCUCAGCCGUCCACCUGAUUGAGCCGCUGCCAGGGGGCGGGGAGGAGGGGCAGCACGCGCUCUACCAGCCCCAGCACCUGCGUCAGGAGGCCGGGAACUGUGGGGUCAGCAACACCAGCCUGGACAGCCUCCUGGGCCCGCGGGCCUCGGCAUCCUUCAGGCCUCGGAACCGGCCGUGGUCCCAAAAGACCCGCUAUGUGGAGCUGUAUGUGGUCACAGACAGCGCACAGUUCCAGCGGCUGCGGAGCACAGACGCUGUGCGCAGGCGGGUGCUGGAGGUGGUGAACCACGUGGACAAGCUGUAUCAGGAGCUCGGGUUCCGUGUGGUCCUGGUAGGCCUGGAUAUGUGGACCGGCAAGGACCAGAUCCAGGUCAGCUCCGACGCCAGCGCCACUCUGGAUAACUUCCUGGCCUGGCGGAUGCAGCACCUGGUGGGGAGGCACGGCCACGACAACGCACAGUUCAUCACUGGGAUCGACUUCACCGGCGACACCGUGGGGCUGGCCAAGGUGUCCAGCAUGUGCUCCCCGCACUCGGGGGCUGUGAACCAGGACCACAGCACGAACCCCAUCGGUGUGGCGUGCACCAUGGCCCACGAGAUGGGCCACAACCUGGGCAUGAACCACGACGAGAACGUCCAGGGCUGCUACUGCCCCGCGGCCCCCCCCACGCGCAAGUGCGUCAUGGCGUCCAGCAUCAGCACCCCGUACCCCAGUGUGUUCAGCCACUGCAGCCAAGCCGACCUGCAGACAUUCAUGGAAAAGCUCCGGGAAACCUGCCUGGCCAACGAGCCGGACCUCAACCGCCUGGUGGGCGGCCCCGUGUGCGGGAACGGGUUUGUGGAGCGCGGGGAGCAGUGUGACUGUGGCCAGCCCCAGGACUGUCGGAACCGCUGCUGCAACGCCACCACCUGCCAGCUGGCAGAAGGGGCCGAGUGUGCCCACGGUGCCUGCUGCCACGAGUGCAGGGUGAAGCCGGCUGGCCAGCUCUGCCGCCCCCAGAAGGAUGCCUGCGACCUGGAGGAACACUGCGACGGCCGCCAGCCAGCCUGCCCAGAGGACGUCUUCCAGGAGAACGGCACGGUCUGCGCGGGGGGCUACUGCUACGGCGGGGCCUGCCCCACGCGGGCCCAGCAGUGCCAGGACUUGUGGGGGCCAGGCAGCCGGGCCGCGAUGGAGAGGUGUUACACCUACAGCCUCCUGCCGGGCUGCAGGAGCGGCAGCCUCUUUGGUUCUGCAGGGAACACGUGUGGCAUCCUGUUCUGUGAAGGCGGGCAGAAGCCGCCAGAGCGGAGCUCCUGCACCAUCUCCAACACCUGCCAGGCUCUUAGCCCGGAGGGCAGCUCUGGGUACGAGCAAGUCCUUGAAGGCACCAAGUGUGGUGACCAGAGGGUUUGCUGGAAAGGGCUGUGCCAGGACCUCCAAGUCUACAGAUCCAGAAACUGCUCUGCCAAGUGCAGCGGCCACGGGGUGUGCAACCACAAGGGGCAGUGCCACUGCAGGCCGGGCUGGGCCCCACCGCGCUGCGUGGAGCUGCUGCCAGAAGCGUCCACAGCGCCCGGGAGCCUCCUGGUGCCCGUGCUGGUGCCCGUGCUGCUCCUGGUGGCUCUGGGCCUUGCCCUGGCAGGUGUGGUCAUGCACCGCAAGGCCGGCAGCUGCAUCCGACAGAGGAGUGUGGCACCCAAGACUACCAUGGGGCUCUCCAACCCCCUUUUCUACCAGGGGGCCAGCAGGCCGGCGAAGGGCACAGCUUCGGCUCCCCCCAUGAGCCCCCCAGAGCUGGUCCCUCCCACACACACCAUCCCCGGCCAGCCCUCCAGGCCCACAGCUUCUGCAGUGACCGCUAAGCGGCCACCCCCUGCGCCUCCGGCCACCAUGUCCAGCCCGCCCUUCCCAGUCCCUGUGUACACCCAGCAAGCCCCAGCACAGCUCCGACCUGCUCCUCCCUCCAAGCCCCUCCCGGAGCUGAAGUCCAGACAGGUGGUCAGGCCGACCUGCAUGCCCCCCGUGCCACCAGUCAAGCCCUGGGCUCAAGGGGCCAACCCUGGACCCACUGAGGGAGUUGCUGGCCCAAAGGUCGCUCUGAAACCCCCUGUCCAGAGGCGGUGAUGGCUGAGCUCAGAGCCUUGGGGGCAUUAUCCUGGCCCCCGAGUCUGCCACUUGUUCCUGCUCAAGAAGCCCUGUGCCCUCCCCCACCGUGCCCGCCACCUCCGCGGGACCAAGGUCACGCUUUAGCACCCCAGGGUCACAGCCCAGGGCCUCUUCCCCAGGACUCUGCUGCUGCUCCUGACCUCUCACCCACGUUGGCCACGCUUCCCCACGCCAGCCGGGCAGGGCAGCCACGGUGGCCUGUGCGCAUCUCCCAAAGGCCAUGGCUUUCCCCAGCGAGCGGAGGAGGCUCCUGCAAGCCUGCCGCACCCCCUCCCCGCUGCUCCGGGCCCCUCCAGGUGGAAGGCCCACGCGUGUGCACCCGUCUAUGAGCACACGCUUGUUCCAGGAAGACUCCGCCACCGCAUCCACCCCUCCCUCUUCGGAGCCUAUUUCCCUGUUUCCCUGAUAUUUAAGAAGAAAAAGCUAGUUUUUACUAUUAAAUUAUUGAUCAAUUUCUAAAUGACUGGGUGAAUUUUUAUUGGAUGGAAGCCCAGCAAGGUGGAAUUCAGUUAGUAAGAUCUAAGGGUCCAAUGCUUGUUAA